AUGGCUGGAUUUAGUGCUCAGUUUAUGCCAAACAGACUAGAUUCAGCAGAUCUGAAUCUAGAUUUCAUUACAGUUGUAAAUUCAGUUGUUGAAGAUAGUUCUGUUGAGUCUUGGACUGCCUUAAAUGCAGAAGGAAACUACAGUUCUCAGCUGUUAAUGGCAAUGGAAACAUUUAGUAGCAAGCUUUCACAAAAUGGUGCAUCAUUCAAUGCCACAAGCAACAGCAUUAAUUUGCAGUCUGUUAAAAUGAGCUCUGCUUCAGUUCAUGAGGAUUACACAAUGACCUUUCAUAGUCCAAACGUCACUGGGAAACUGUUAAUCCCUGAGGGCACACUGAAAAUGCUGUCAAAUGACACCCAGAUUGUUAGCACAGUCAGCUCAACUCUUGGAAAGGUCUUACCACUGAAAUUUCAAGAGAAUUCUAGAAGUUCUUCAGACUAUAUACAAACUGAUCUUGUUAUCACAGCAAUAUCUUUAGGCAGUGCCAUAAACAACUUGCAACUUAUCUUCCAAGGACCAGAUUAUUCAACACUGCCACCGCUCUGCGUAUUCUGGGACUUCACUCUUAAUAAUCAUCAGGGUGGAUGGAAUGAUUUUGGCUGUUACAGUGAAAUAUCUGGAAGCAAUACAGUGUGCACAUGUGAACAUUUAACAUCCUUUUCAAUGCUAAUGUCUACCGUGCCUGUUAAUUAUAAAACAUUGGAUUACUUAACAUGUGCUGGUCUUGGUGUUUCAAUUGGAAGUCUUGUGCUCUGCCUUCUUACAGAGAAAAUGGUAUGGAAGCUGGUGACUAAGAAUAAGACAUCAUAUAUGCGACAUCUUUCCAUUGUGCACAUAGCAUUUUCUCUAUUGAUUGCUGAUAUGUGCUUUGUUGCAUCCACAGUUACAAAACCUCAGACUAAAACAUGCAUCUCUUUAGUAUUUUUGAUUCAUUUAUUUUACCUGUCAAUGUUUUUUUGGAUGUUGACCCUGGGCCUCAUUAUCUUCUACCGUCUUGUCUUUAUCUACCAUGACAUGAAAAUCUCUGUCAUGAAAAACACAGCAUACGUUAUUGGAUAUGGCAUUCCUUUGGUAAUAGCAAUACUUACGGUGAUCGUCACAUAUCCUAAAAAUACCUACACUAGAAAAAAUGCCUGCUGGCUGAAUUGGGAUGAAAGUAAAGCUCUGCUAGCAUUUAUUGUGCCUGUUUUGCUUAUUGUAAACAUUAACUUGUUCACUGUGAUUGUGGUAUUGAGCAAAUUGCUAAGACCUUCUGUGGGAGAUGCAAACAAACAUGCGGAAAAACACACCAUGGUCCAGAUUGCUAAGAGUGUUGCUAUUCUCACACCUUUUCUAGGUCUGACAUGGGGAUUUGGAAUCUCUAUGGUAGUGGGAAACAGCAGUUACUCAAUUAACUUGAUAUUUACAGCUCUUAACUCAUUCCAGGUCUGUUAUGUCCUGAAAGGAUUUAAAUUCCCUAUCAAUAAUUCUAGUAAUCUGCCCAACAUUAGCACUAUAUUCUGUGAUAAACAAUAG